AGGGAGAAAGGAUUUUAGGAAAAGAAAUUAAAAUUAGCACGGGACAGGCCCCGACAUAAAAGUCUUGUAUACAAUUAUGAUAAGUCCGUAUUUUGACACGUAUUUGAUGCGUGUUGAGAUCGGCUUUGGAUGAUUUUCCUAGUUUUAAGGUGUUACAAGUCUCAAUUUUAGCUCAAGUUAUGUUUACCGGGCGUUGAUUCGAGUUCAUAUUUGAAUUCGAAUUCAUAUUCGAAAAAAUUAAACAAAUACAAAUACAAAAUCUUACUAUUCUACUCUUACAUAUUAGAUUCGUAUACAACCCCUUCUGCAAACAACCGUCUCGUCUGUUCAUGUCCUUGUUCCAGUGCAUUCCAACUAUCGAAGAAUGGCAGAUAAGCAGGUGGUUAAGCGAGCUAAGUACAAAUUAUCAGUCAAGGACCCUGGUGUCCCUGGUGUUUUAAGAAUGACCAUGGAAAGGUUCAUAUUUAAGCCUAAUGACCCAAUGUCAUCAUACAAGCUUAAUGUGGAGUUUAGGCUGAUUAAAGGCCAUAAAUUCACUAAAGAGGGCACUAGUAAGCAGGCCUUGCUCAAUCUUUCCCAGGAUCAGGGUAAAAACUAUAUUUUCGAGUUUGACAGUUUCUCAGACCGUGAUGCAUGCAGAGAUUUUGUAGCUUCAGUCAUCACUUCUUGUGGAGAUUCUGGGAAAACUACCCCUGCACCUGAAAGUUCUACACUUCCAAAUGAUGAGCAACUCAGCACAUCUGAAAUGGAACGUCGAGUUAAACUUCUCAAGGAAGAUGGUAACAAGUUUAAGUGGCAGUGAAUUGAGGAAACUUCACAAGCAGUUAGUUAUGGGGGGCAUUUUGUCAGAGGGUGAAUUUUGGGCAGCAAGGAAGAAAUUACUAAAUCAGGGUGAUGCUAAGAGGCCAAAGCAACAUGUAGCUUUGAAAAAUCAUAUUUGGCAUAAAAAACCUACUAUUGAUGGUCAGCCUAACAAGAUUACUUUUAACUUGACACCGGAGAUCAUUCUUCAGAUUUUCGCCGAGAAACCAGCUGUUCGUCAGGCAUAUCUUAAUUUUGUUCCAAAGAAGAUGACAGAGAGGGAAUUCUGGACAAAAUAUUCAAGGGCUGAAUAUCUCCAUGGCAUGAAAAAUGCUUUUGCAGCAGCAGCAGCUGUGGCAGCUGAGGAUGAGGAGCUUGCUGUUUUUCUGAAACAAGAUGAAAUUUUGGCAAGUGAAGCUAGGAAAAAGAUUAAACGGGUGGAUCCAACCCUGGACAUGGAAGCAGAUGAAGGCGAUGAUUACAUACAUCUACCAGAUCGUGGGCUCCCAUGUAAUGAUACAAAGGAGACUGAACACUUUCAACCUGGUCCAUGUAAAAGAUCUUUUGGACAAGAGCUCAAUCAGCAUGCAGCAGUAGUUCUUCGAGGAAGAAUUGUAGAUGAGUUAGGUGACCCAAAAUCUGUAGCUGAAGCACUCCACACACGGAAAGAGGUUGGUGAAGAAUCUUCUGAGACUCUUGGCAAUGAGCGAUCAAGACGGGCUUCUCAAAUGGCUGAGAUUGAGGAUCUUCAGGCACCUUCAGAACCCCCAGUUGCACCAUUAUCUAUCAAGGAUCCUCGCGACUAUUUUGAUUCUCAGCAAGCUAAUGCAAUCAAAACACUUGAGGAUUCUGUAGUUGGCAACAGACAGUAUAAAUUUAGAGUGAGCACCUUAGACGCUUUUAGCUCCUUGAAGGGAUUUAUUUCAGAAAUCAAUUCGCAGGGGUUACUAGAGCCAAUAGUAAGCCCUGAAGCUGCUUUUAAGGUGUUCAGUACAUUGACUCAGACCAUAUCGAGUACCAAAUAUAACUUUGGAAAAAACUCCCAUGAUAGUGUUUUGGAUAGGUUGCCAAAUGCAACCAAGGAUGAACUGCUACAUCACUGGACAGCUAUCCAGGAAUUAUUAAAGCAUUUCUGGUCUUCUUAUCCAGUCACAACCAAAUACUUUUAUGCCAAGGUUACGAAAUUGAAAGAUGCAAUGUCCCAAAUAUAUCUGAAGCUACAGGAGAUCAAGGAAUCCGUGCAGUCAGAUUUGAGGCAUCAAGUUUCCCUUCUUGUUCAUCCAAUGCUUCAGGCCUUGGAUGCUGCUUUUGCGCAUUAUGAUGCAGAUUUACAAAAGAGAUCUGAGAAAGGGGGAGUAAGCUCAAAUGGACUUAUAUAGAGACAGAAGUACUUCACCACCAUUUGAAUUUUGAGGUUGGAGCGGGUGUGUUUUACGGACACGGUUCUAUUCAAACUGUACAUUUCACAAAGUUUUGCUGAGCUUAUACACAUACAAAAUACUCCGUAUAACAUUAUAACAAUGAAACUCUUGUCGCGUCAUUAUGAUAAAACUGGUCUUAUAGAUUGCACGUGUUGGGAACAUUCGCCUUUGUUUUAUCAUGCAUUUUUC